AUGCCGCCUCCUAUCCGGGGCUUUGGCGCCGGGCCUGGUGUUGGCGUUGGCGUUGGCGGGCCAUUCCAUCAGCCCGGAUUUCCUUCUCAUGGCCAGCCGCAGGGCGGGCCAAUGGGUGGCAACCAGUACCUUAAUGCCAAUGCCCAGAUAAGUCCAUUCGCGGGAGCCAACGGUAAUGCCUUUGGUGCUGCAGGACUCAACGGGUCAGGAUUUGCUGAUUCCGGUUUCGGCAGCCAGAGUGCUAGAAUGGGAUUUGCACAUGGUCCUAACACGCCAAUGCAGCAACCCCAACACGGAGCACAGGUGCAACAUGGUGUAUUGAUGGAGCACCCAACCAUGAGGCCCCAACCUAAUAAAGGAAGGAUACGAGAAGUUUGGAAGCAAAACUUGGAGGAAGAAAUGGCAGUGUUGAGAGAAGUUGUUGAUAAAUACCCGUAUAUUGCUAUGGACACAGAAUUCCCUGGCGUUGUUGCCAGACCAAUGGGUUCAUUUAGAGGGAAGAGUGACUAUCACUAUCAAUGUCUGCGAACAAACGUCGACAUGCUCAAAGUCAUUCAAAUCGGGCUGACGCUAUUCAACGAGGAGGGCGAGACACCACCUGCGCGACCUGGGCCAGAUGUGGGACUUGGGCCCAAGGCCAUGAAACUUGCGAGCCAAGGGCCGUUCCCGUACUCUUGGCAGUUCAACUUCAAAUUUUCACUCAAGGACGACAUGUACAACGAGAAGUCUAUUGAAUCACUACAGCAGGCCGGUAUUAAUUUCGAGCAGCUUGAGCGAGAUGGCAUCGACCCCAAAGCCUUUGCUGCACUUCUCAUUCCCUCAGGUUUAGUCUGCUUCGACGAGGCCAAGUGGAUUUCUUUCCACGGUGGAUACGACUUUGGGUACCUGACCAAGUUGCUGAUCUGCACGCCAUUGCCGAAUGAUGAGGCGCAAUUUGACAGCAAGAUGAAGCUGUAUUUCCCUACAACAUACGACGUUAAACACCUUAUGAAACAUGCCAUACGCGUACAUACGCAGGGAUAUCCCAAUGUUAAUGACCCAGCCAUCGUGGAGAUUCUAAAUAAAUUUGAGCACAAGUCUGGGCUGGAGAACAUUGCUGAGACCUUCAAAGUCAAACGCAUUGGGUCGGCGCAUCAAGCCGGGUCAGACUCCUUGCUUACAGGCAAAGUCUUCUUUCAAAUGCGGGAUAGGAUAUUCAACAGACAAAUCCCGGAAGACCACAUUGGCAGAGUCUGGGGCCUGGGUGUCCCCGAAGGUCCCUUAGGCCCUAUCACACAGCAAGGCGGCAACGAACACGGGCAGAAUGGCGGAGCUCCCAGCACACCAAACCAAGUGCCUGCUGGUCUUGUGGCCAGUCCUGCAGCUACACUGAGCCACAACUCCAACGGAGCUAUGUCGCAGAUGGGUCCCAUGACUCCCGGAGGAGGCGGUGGUGUCUUUGGAAACUUUGCCUUUGCCGGCAACAGCAGAUAG